AUGUCAGCUUCUAUAAAACGACCGGCAAAUUCUGUCGAAGAAAAUCCAAUCAAAUUAUCCACAUUCAAAGCAAAUGAGCAUUCUUUAAACAAAUUUAAAGAAUGGAUGACGGAAAACUCUUUUAAUUUAAGUCCUAAAGUGUAUGUAGGAAAUGAUGGUUCUUGUGCUCAAUAUGGUGCUGUAGCAUUGGAGGAUAUAGAGGAAGGAGAAUGUCUGUUUCAGAUACAACGAUCCUGCCUGUUAAUGCCACAGACAUCUACUAUAUCACAACAGAUACAGACAGAUAUGGACAGUUUGAAGAGUAGCAGUGGAUGGAUUCCACUCCUCCUUUCUCUAAUGUAUGAGUACAAUAAUCCUCAGUCUAAGUGGAGACCAUACCUUGAUCUUGUACCUGACUUCAAACAAUUAGAUCUGCCUAUGUUUUGGACUGAAACAGAAAGAAAAUCUCUUCUCAAAAGCACAGGAGUAAUUGAAGCUGUUGAUAAAGACAUAAAGAACAUUUCUACAGAAUUCAAUGACAUUGUUUUGCCAUUUGUAAAGAAGCAUUCAGAUUUAUUUGGAGAAUGUUGUCUUAACCUUGAGUUUUACAAGCAGAUGGUGGCUUUUGUUAUGGCUUACAGCUUCACUGAACCUCCAGAUGAUGAAUUUGAUGAUAGUCCACCUCCCAUGAUGGUGCCAAUGGCGGACAUAUUAAAUCAUGUGGCAAAAAACAACGCUCAACUUGCUUUUGAAACAGAUGCAUUGAAAAUGGUAGCAAUUAAAACAAUCAAAAAGGGAGAAGAAAUCUACAACACAUAUGGACAGUUAGCUAAUUGGCAGCUUCUACAAAUGUAUGGCUUUGCAGAACAAUUCCCUAAUAAUCAUUAUGAUACUGUAGACAUACCUAUAUCAGUUGUGCUAGAAGCUGCCAAAGAGUUACCAAUAAACAAUGAAGUGUUACUAAAGGACAAGACAAAUUUCCUCAUUGACAUGGAACUGAUGAUACGAGAUGGUAGUUUUGUGGUAGGAAUCUCAGGUGUUUUAACAGAAGAUGAGAUGUACCAGGUUAUACGGGUUUUAUUAAUGAAUGAAAAAGAAUACAAAGAACAUAAGGAGAAAGAUGGAUGGAGUGAAGAUGAAGAGGAGGAGGAAGAAGAAAGUUUAGAAUUUGAGGCAAUCAAGAAGUUACCAGAGAAAUGGAAGAAGUUUUUGUGCAGCUGUGCCAUGAAAACACAGAACUUAUACAGUAAUACAUUAGAAGAGGAGAAAUCUCAAUUACUGAAGGCUCAGACAUUAUCAUCAAGACAGCUCUAUUCUUUGUAUACUACUCAGGGACAAAAACAAAUACUACAGCAAAUUAUACAGGCUACACGAUAAUAAAUGUUGUCAUUUUUCUAGAUUUGUAUUAGUACUGUUGUUAUUUUUUAUAUUUGUAUCACAGAAAACUACUGCAUUAGAGCAGUUAAUCAAAAUAGACUUGAAACAGGAGAAGGAAUGGUACUUCUACUUGGAAGGGCUCAAAAUUUAGAAUCUGCAACAUAAUUACAGCAGUUUAUUAUAUUACUGUGGAUUUAUUUAUUUCGUCUACCAAUUUUCCUGAAUAGGGUAAAAUUGUUGUUGUUUUUUUUUUUUUUUGAUAAUUGAUUUUGUGGUUUUGCAAAAGUUUGCUUACAAACCUAAAAAAAAAUUAUAAUUUGUUAAAAAAAUAGAAUUUGUGGUUUGAAUAUACCCACCAAAUCCUCAAUAAUUGGUAUCCCUUGA